AUGUCCUAUGGUGCCGGCGUUACACAAGAUCCGCAAUCAAAUAUCAGCAACACCUAUCGUGAUCCCUUAGUUUUUUAUGAUCCUGACUUAACGAAUGGAAAUACUCAAGCAACAGACUUUGGUUUUGAUGAGUUAACAUUACCAUCUCAACAGAGUCAUUUACCAUUAACGGAUAUCAAUGCAUCCCAGCAGAAUAACGGUAUGUUUCCAUCGGAUGAGUUGGAUGGAACGAAUAAUAAUCUGAGACAACAACGGGAUUUACCUUUCGAGGAUGAAGAGGAAGGCUUCUACGAAAGAGAUUUACCCAAACAUGCUUGCGCAUAUUGUGGUAUUCAUGAUCCGGCUGCUGUCGUUAUGUGUAAUCAAACACGAAAAUGGUUUUGUAAUGGUCGGGGUAAUACAUCUGGAAGCCAUAUCGUCAAUCAUUUGGUUCGCGCUCGAUGUAAAGAAGUCACUUUACAUAAAGAUGGCCCAUUGGGCGAAACACAAUUAGAAUGUUAUAACUGCGGCUGUCGAAAUGCAUUUUUGCUCGGUUUUAUUCCUGCAAAAGCAGACAGCGUUGUCGUUUUACUCUGUCGACAACCUUGCGCCAGUCAAAGUGCAUUAAAAGACAUGAAUUGGGAUCCAUCUCAGUGGCAACCGUUGAUUCAAGAUCGAUGUUUUCUGACUUGGCUUGUGAAGAUUCCUUCUGAACAAGAACAAUUACGUGCUCGUCAAAUAACUGCACAGAUGAUCAAUCGUUUAGAAGAUUUAUGGAAGAAUAAUCCCGACGCAACCAUCGCUGAUUUAGAAAAGCCAGGAAUCGAUGAAGAACCACAACAAUGUUCUUUGAGAUACGAAGAUGCUUAUCAGUAUCAGAAUAUUUUUGGUCCAUUAGUCAAAAUGGAAGCAGACGAUGACCGAAAGAUUAAAGAAUCUCAAACUCAGGAAAAUAUUUCCGUACGAUGGGAUAUGGGUUUGAACAAAAAACGUUUAGCAUAUUUUUGCUUACCAAAAGCAAAUGAAGAAAUGAGAUUAAUGGCGGGUGAUGAACUGCGUUUACGAUACGUUGGCGACACAUCGAAAUCCAAUUGGUCAGGAGUUGGACAUGUGGUAAAAGUUCCUAACAAUUACGGAGAAGAAGUUGGCAUUGAAUUAAAGAUUAGUUCAGGAGCACCGAUUGAACAUAGUACCAAUUUUGUUGUUGAAUUUGUUUGGAAAUCCACAUCAUUUGAUCGUAUGCAAUCAGCAUUGAAAACCUUCGCUGUUGAUGAACAUAGUGUUUCUGCUUAUCUAUACCAUCGUUUAUUAGGCCAUGAAGUGGAAGAUAUAGUGAUGAAAGUCGCAUUACCUAAACGUUUUUCGGCACCAGGCCUACCUGAAUUAAAUCAUUCACAAGUUUAUGCAGUGAAGACGGUUCUUCAACGACCGUUGAGUCUUAUUCAAGGUCCACCAGGAACGGGAAAAACGGUCACAUCGGCGACGAUUGUUUACCAUUUAGUUAAACAAAAUCAGGGACAAGUUCUCGUCUGUGCACCAAGUAACAUCGCUGUUGAUCAAUUAACAGAAAAAAUUCAUAAAACUGGCUUGAAAGUCGUUCGUCUAUGCGCGAAAAGUCGUGAAGCAUUGGAUUCUCCAGUUUCAUUUUUGGCGUUACAUAAUCAAAUCCGAAGUCUGGAAAGCGAACCGGAAUUGAAGAAACUUCAACAACUAAAAGAUGAAACAGGAGAAUUAUCAUCCGCUGAUGAGAAACGUUAUCGAACGUUGAAACGUAAAUGUGAAAUUGAUUUACUUCGUAACGCUGAUGUAAUUUGCUGUACAUGCGUUGGAUCCGGUGAUCCACGUUUGUCACACGGAUAUCAAUUUCGUUCGAUACUUAUCGAUGAAUCAACCCAAGCUACUGAACCUGAAUGUAUGGUUCCAGUCGUACUUGGGGCCCGGCAACUUAUUCUUGUUGGUGAUCACUGUCAAUUGGGACCAGUUGUUAUGAGCAAAAAGGCAGCGAAAGCGGGUCUGAGCCAAUCGUUAUUUGAACGACUUGUGGUACUUGGCAUUCGACCAAUUCGAUUACAAGUACAAUAUCGCAUGCAUCCGUCAUUAUCCGCAUUUCCAUCGAAUAUUUUCUAUGAAGGUUCACUACAAAAUGGUGUGACAGCUGUUGAACGUACUAUCAAAGGGCUCGACUUUCCAUGGAUUCAAUCUGAUAAACCGAUGUUUUUCCAUUGUUCCAUGGGUCAAGAAGAAAUUUCCAGUAGCGGAACAUCGUAUCUCAAUCGAACUGAAGCAAAUAUGGUCGAGAAGACCGCCACUAGGUUACUCAAAGCUGGUAUUAAACCAGAACAGAUUGGUAUUAUCACACCUUACGAAGGACAACGUGCUUUUAUUGUUCAACAUAUGCAAUACAGUGGAUCGUUAAAUGAAAAGCUUUACCAAGAAAUUGAAGUUGCAAGUGUCGAUGCAUUUCAAGGACGUGAAAAAGAUUUCAUUAUUUUAUCCUGUGUACGUGCAAAUGAACAUCAAGGUAUCGGAUUCUUAAACGAUCCACGUCGACUGAAUGUUGCAUUAACACGAGCAAAAUAUGGAAUUAUUAUCAUUGGCAAUCCAAAAGUUCUUUCUCGUCAAACAUUAUGGAACCAUUUAUUGACUUAUUACAAAGAACAACAUGUACUUGCUGAAGGUCCAUUGAAUAACUUAAAAGAAAGUGCUAUACAAUUUGCGAAGCCGAAAAAAUUAAUAAAUCCGGCUAAUCCGGGUGGACGAUUUAUGUCUAAUGCUAUGUUUUCCGCAAAAGAAGCAUUAAUUCCUGGCUCUGUCUACGAUCGAACAACGCCGAUGACUGAUAAACGUCAAAUGAACGGUGAGAUGUUUGGCAAUAAUUUCAAUCCAAACUUUCGCAAUCAUGAUCCAUUGAGUUAUAUCGAUACGCACGGAAUGAACGAUGUAUCGCAAUCAUUUGCUAACAUUAAUUUGCCAAUGCCACAUCAGAUGAUGAUGUCACAAAUGACAAUGCCGUAUAUGGGUGGACCUGCACCGUUCAAUACAACGAUGAUGAAUGAUCGAUCGAUGAAUAAUCAAGCGGCAACAGCUAAGAAUGGAAAAGGAAAUACAAGAACGAAAAAUCCAUCGAAACCACCACGAUUUUCGAAGAAUACUAGCGGUGGAACACAAUCACAGGAUAAUCUAAAUUUCACUCAAGGCGGUACCAUUAGUCAACCGUAUCCAACAUCACAAGGUGGACUCAUGUCUCAACAUGCAUAUGGUUUAUCUCAACAAGACUUUUCUCAAUCGGAUAUGUAUGAUGUGUAUCAACCAUCCCAAAAUGAACAUCAUCAAUUGCUUUCCCAAGAUUCUUCUUAUGCUGAUCCAUCGGUGUUUCUCAAUUCUCAAGUGUCGAACAAUCCUAAUCGAAGUGGAUCUUUUCCCGUUCUUUAUCAAUGUUGUUCGAGUGACGAACACCGAUUCUGUGAAUCAUGUUGUGCAAAUAUGAUAUCAUCGAUGGUUACUAAUAGCAAAAUAGCUUUAUUAUUCAACCGAAGACUACCUUGCUAUGUCUGUAAUGGCAAACUUCAAUUCGAGAACUUACCGAAAAGCAUUCAAGAUGAUUUGAAUGCAAUUCUUUUAACUAUUCCGAAUAAAUCCAAACAUCCGAAAUCGAUUCAAGAGUUUAAUUAUUAUUAUAGUCAAUCGAAGGAAUUGCGACAUUGUCUAACGAACAAGAAAGAAUUGUCAAGAGCAAAAAGAGAAAUAUUAAUUCAAGGUUGUGGAGUAGUCAGAGCUGGCCAAUGGUCACGCUCAUGUUGUAUUAACGAAUCUCUUGAUAUCGGAGCCAUGUUUCCAUACAUGUCCAAAGCGAAACAGUUGAAUCUCUCUGUAGUUAUUGUCAAUCCCAAUCAAAUCUAUUUCAUUAAUGAAAGUAAUAGUGAAUCGAAUUCUUCCGAAGAUCUGCGUUCUUUCUAUCUCUCUCCUGAACCAUUACCUCAAUUACGAACAAAACCGAUUCCUAAUCUCUCAACUAGUCGUGAGCACGUUCUCUAUGUUUAUGACCACGUCAUCUCGAAACUUUCACCUGCAACUCAGCUCUUUUUCGUCGCUCAUUCAGCCGGUGGUGAUCAAUUAAUGCAUUUAUUACGUCAACGUCAAGAUUCUCUUCUUCCUAAACUAUCGAAAAUCGCUUUUAUCGAUUCGAUUCAUUUUCUCAUUCCAUCGGAUACCAACGAACUCCGAAAUUUCUUACAAUCCAAUGCGAUUCACUUCGUAGCUAGUGAUCAGCCGGCAGGACAACCCGUUCAUCGAUCGGAAAAUCUGAUCUGUCCGGAAGUUUCCGCCGGUCAUGUUAAGCAUGAAUAUACAUCUGGUUUUUGUCUCAAACAAGUUUUCGAAUUUUUCUGUUAA